AAAACAUUUUCUGWAACUUUAUUUUAUUCCUCGUGACAAAAAAUGUUUGCUUCUUCAUAUUUCUAAUGAAGUAAUGGCUAAUAUGGACGUUCCGCUUCAAAUCUUCAAUUACAAUGUUUCUAUGGGUUAAAAAAUAAUCAAGCUACUAGUUGUUUGUUUUCACGCCGAAGGGCGCGAUUCUUAAUGCGUUUACUGGUCGUUAAAAAUAACAUWACAAAACAGACGAAUAAUAAUUGUAAUUUGGAACAACAGUUGAAGUUUAGACGCGAAUCGCGAAUACCGCGUCACCGAGUACGGUCGUCCGCGGUGAGAGAGCGGCCUCUGCUGAACAAGCGUGUACAGUAAAGAACAUAAUAUCAAWUACCAGGGAACAAAAAAUAUAUUUUAUAAAAWAUUACAGAGUAGUGAGCUGCUCAGUGGUAGGGUGAUGGGGCGACGAGUCUAGGGCUAUCACGUAUAUUCAACAAUAGAUCAGACUGUGUCUCGAAUUCUAUAAUCAAUAAGACUUAAUAAAUACGUGUAAAGUAUACACUGCGAACACAAGAGAACAUAUGGCCACCACCAUCGAAAUCUAACUCAUAAUAUCAAUCAGCUUCUCGUCGAUCGCCAACGAUUUUUAUCGUACGGUACUACGAUACGUAGGUCGCUGAUUAUAGUUCUGCUUGAGGACGAAUUAACGUAAUAUUAUUAAACAGUCGUACAAUUGUAUACGGAAAAUCCUGAUGGGCAUGCUGCUAUGGGUCGAGAGGUUAUCAUUGGGAAAUUCAACAUUAAAACCUUAUCUAUCACAAACACAAUUUAAUAAUAAUAAUAAUAAUAAAUAAUAAUCUUAAUUCAUAUUCGAGUGUCGACACGUUCAAGAGUUUAAGACCAAACACCAAACGGCAAUUACUCGGAACUCUGAACUUAUUUGAUUACAGCCGUGUGUUCAUAAAGAAAUUGCAAAAUUUAGUUUCUCAAAAUGUCGACAGACGAAGUGGAAUCCGAAAUUCAUUUCAUGAAAACUUAUAGCAUUAUGAAAUGGGAUGARCUAAUAAAGCUAAAUGAUGAUCGUAAGUCGCUUGAUCAGAAAAUCACGCUUGGGUUGGCCACCAAAGAAGAACUGAUGAAACAAAUAAAAGUUGAAUUGAAUAUGCUGGAUACAUGUCAACUUAAAAUUGAUCAAGAAAUGAAAGAAAACGAUACAGAGUAUAUUAACACUGAAAUACUUACAAUUUUAUCAAAUCGUAUCAAUGAUAUGUACAACAGUAUGUUUCUACUGUUUCCUGUUGAAAAGUCAACAUUAAUUGAAUAUAUAGAGUUUUGCUCCAAUAAUACAUUAUUUAUUACUAAAUGUAGUAACAUGUUGGAUACACUUAUGUCGAGAUAUCAUAGUGAUCCUGAAGUAUACAUAACUGCUGCAAUUUAUGAAUUUGAUGAUCGAAAUGAUGUAGAAGCAGCUAGAAAAUAUUUCGCAGAAGGAUUAAARUAUCACAAAAAUUGUAAAAAUCUAUACGUUGAAGAAUUUUGGGUAGAAGUACAACAUUUAGAAAAGACUGCUGGUGCCUCACUUCCUAUUGCCAUUGAAAAAUAUAAAAACCUUAUAAAACGUUUUGAAGGSGAUAUCGAAUUUCAUUUUAUAUUAUUGGAUAGAGCAAUAAAAUUAAGUGCAGUUAGAGAAUUGCAAUGUAAUGUGGUCAGAGAUAUGGUUAAGAAGUAUAAACAUAGUGAACUAAUGUGGCAAAAAUUAGCUAAAAUUCAUUUUGAUGGUUUUAUAUAUCAUCAGGAGACUGAGCAAUUACACUAUGAUAAAAAUUAUAUUAGUGGUAUUAGAAAUUGUAUAAAAACUUAUGAAGAUGGAUUGAAAGAAAACUUACCACCAAAAAAUAAACAUAAGUUAUGGAACUUUUAUAUUGAUCAUAUUAUAGAAAUUCGAAAAUCUUAUCGCAUGAAAAAAGAAACAAUAAGAAAUUUCAUGAAUGAAACUAUGGAGCGAGCCUUUCAAAAAGCUCAUAAUAACAAGGCGUUACUUAAACCUGAACAUUACAUUUAUUGGGCUGAAAACACAAAUAUGGACUGUCAUAGAAUUCUGAGAAAAGCAGUUCAGGUGAUAGAAGAUAGUGUAGAACUCUGGAUUAAUUUAAUAUCAUAUUAUUUAAGUUACGACAGUCUGGAAAUGGGUAUUGAAGCCUUUCAAGCUGGUGUUCGGGCUCUGAAAAGCAAAUCAAUGCCUUUGUGGGAAAUUCUAAUUYUAUAUAUGGCAAACACUCAUCCAAAAUUGGUAAAAUAAGUAACAUAUUUUUAUAGUUCCUCAAUGAUAACCUUUAAAAAAGUAAUUUAUCGAAAAUGUGGUAUUUAAAGUUAACCUAUUGCUACUACACUCUGUUUUGUGAGAGAAUGUAACAACUCAGCUCAUUAAUGUGCAACCCCCUCUCCCCUCUCCAUAUGUCAUUCUGAUACCAAAAUGAGUUUUUUUAUGGAAUGAUAUCUAGUGAGAUGCAUAAAAGAACAGAUCUUGAUUGGGCUGSGGUGGAUUCUCUUGCUGAACAGAGUGUAGAUAAGUAGUUGAUGCAGGCAAUGCUUGUAGAUUUUGUUAAUCACCAUAGUUAAAAAAUAAAAACCAUUUAAACAUUUUUUAUGCUUGUUAGUCUAAUUCUAGCCCCAAAAUAAAUUGUAUCUUUACUCCAUAUCAUAUUAUUUCUGUAUUUUCUUCAUUAAUUU